AUGCGCCAAUUCAUUUCUAUUCUUUUCCUUCUCCCGCAAUGCGUUUCCCUAAACAUCUUACUCUUCCUGCUGGGAACGAACCAAUUCGAGAGGAACAUAUUUGAAUUUCUUGCACAACAGUUAGCCCUUCGACAUCAUAAUGUGAUCACAGUGAAGCCCAUCCUUAUUCCCGAGGAACCACGACUUGUCAAACCUAAACUACACCUAGUCAAAGAAAAAACGCUUAAAAACUUACUUCCGCAUUUUGGUUUGUUUAGAAAUAUGUACGUCGAUUUGGUAAAAGCAGGUGAUGUAAUUCCUUGGAAAAAUGAAUACGAGGACGAAGCGUAUGACGAGGUUUAUUGGACUGCACAUAAUGCUAGCUGCUACAAGAUGCUAAACUCGAACUUAUUUGACACACUAAAAAAAGAGUCUCUCGAUGUUGCCAUAGUGUACUCAGGAAAUCCAUGUCAACUUGCUAUCGCCUACGUGUUGGCUGUUCCAGUCAUCUACUUCGACUUGGAAGGACUUUCUGACGAGACGCUUGUGGCGUCAAACUCACCGCUCAACCUUGAUGUGCCGCCUUCACGGUGUUUCCUGCCAUCAAUCUCGUUUUAUAACUCUCUCAAUCGGAUACGAAACGGCAUCUGCUACAUGAGAGAGUUUCUAAUCCAAAGCGACAUACCUGUGCUUUCCAAACUGAUAUCCAGAAAGUACAAAUUACUUAGUUCUCCCAUCGCUGCAAUGUUCGCUGAGGACUCCGCGUUAAAGAAAAGAUUUAAAACAUUUCCAAGCACAUCAACACUUCUACGAUCAUCUUCAUUUUUCUUUGUCAACACUGACCCGCUGUUGGAGUAUCCAAGAUCGUUGCCUCCACGAGUUAUUCAUGUCGGAGGAUUGCAUAUCGAACAUCCGCGGCCACUUUUUGCUCCUUGGAACACCUCGAUUGAGUCUGCAGAAAAGGGUCUAAUCAUUGUCAGUCUCGGCACACAGGCGAACCAUGCAGAAAUGAAGGAAGAGCAGGUAAAGGCUAUCAUGGGUGCACUUUCCGAACUUUCAAGCUAUCGUAUCUAUUGGCGAAUCGGGCACAAAGUUCAACUUAAGGGAUUGAAUGAAGAUAACGUGCCAUCUCACAUCAACCUAACCACGUAUUUACCUCAAAAUGACUUACUUGCACAUAAAUCCUGCCGAUUGCUGGUAACAAACGGGGGGAUGGCGUCGCUGAUGGAAGCAGUAGCGCACGGUGUUCCAAUCGUCGGCAUUCCACUCUAUGGAAGUAACGACUACAAUCUGCGAAAAGCUGCUAAUAAAGGAUUGGGAUUAAUAGUGACUAAAAAGGAUCUUUCGGAAAACAACUUGUUGUCAGCAAUGAAAAUGGUGUUACAGGAAAGCAAAUAUCAAAUGGUAGCCAAGGAGAUGUCAAGAGCAUUUCGUGACCGGCCGUCAACACCGUUUGACACCGCACUGCAUUACAUCGGGUUGGUCGGCCGCCAUCACGGCUCCGCGUUUCUCGGCGAGACUUCUGUACAUCCCCUUAUCACUCUCAAUUUCGAUUUCUUCCUUAUCGUAUUAAUUCUGUUUUACCUUAUUUCAUAUCAUUGUGUGCGACUGCUUUACGUAGCUAGCCGUGAACGAAUUUCUUUAAUUAUAGAAUCGCCAAGUGAUGAGAAUACGAAUUGUAGUGCUAAAAAGAACAACUAA